ACCUACCUUAUGGGGAACACAAGUUUCUGCUGCACGACCAGACCACACCUAAAACCAGAAGAUACAAAGAAGAGCAUGCAAUAUUGAGAAGAUAAUCAUAUUAUAAAAAGUGCACAAAAAGGUUCAGGUUCGAGUUCAAAAGAUAAUAAAAACAAAAGAACAAUUCAAAAGAAGAAUGAAACAAAACAGAAGUUAGAUAUGAGAUCUAUCAAGAAAAUAUCUUCUCAAAACCCUAAAAAGAAGAAGGUUAAGAAGAUUAUGAAGAAAAAAUCCCAAACUCAUAAUGCUUUACCUCUCUGCCCUUUUAAACAAAAGAAGGCCACUUCCUCCAAAACCAUCAGUACUUUCCCUUCAUCAGCCGUUACACACCAGUCAACAUCCUCUCUCCCUCCUGUUAGUACUGAAGAUCUUACCAAACAAUUCAUAUUCGAGAUGAAGCAGGUGAGGAAGAGCACAAGAGCAAAAGUGGGAUUGUUUAACAGCACGAGGAAAUCAAUGCAUUGUAAAGACACGAUCAAGGAGGUGGGACUCCAGAACUAUAAAGAGUAUUGAGACUAUUUGAGAGAAUCAAUGAAACAUAGGAAUUCGUUCUUCGCUUAAAUAUUCUUAUAAAGCAAUAUUUUACCAACUUUCAAA